AUCCGAAAUUGAGUCAUCGAAGUUGUUACAUCAUCGGCGAUCAUCAACACUGAUCAAUCAGGCUUUCGUACUUGAUAAGCUACUCAAGGCUAGCGACACAAGAUCACAGGAUCAUUUGGCUCCACCUUAGCAUUGCACGGACCUGGUCUGCAACGCUCGGAUCAAGAUGACGGGCACAAGCAUCGCCCCAACGGCUUCCCUCCGAACUCACAGUCAUGACGAUACGUCGAGCGCAGACACCUUUGCUGCACGCUUUGCCGCUUCUAAGCGUUCUCGACGGGCUUCGAUGGCAGCGAUGACUCAAGCCAUGCCAGCACACCAUGCUACUUCGCCUCCGCUCGGCUCGGGAGGCUUGCACACAGUCAGAGAUCUGCCAGAGACGCACUAUUUGGCAGCGCAACAUGCCGAUCUACGGGCAUUGCCACAGGCGAGCACGUCAAAGACACCCUAUGGCCCUUCUACGCCAGAUGUACGCUCUCGAUGGUCCACGAGGCCAGACACGAGCUCGACGGCGUCUGCCGAUUUCGAUGUCGAUGUACGAUCGGGCUUUCUACCGCCACAGGAGCCCAUUCAGCGCCUGCUUGGCGAGCUCGAAGACUGGGAGCUUGCGUUAGAUGCACGAGAAGGAAUGAGGUACGGAGGGGCAGCCUUUUCUAUUGAGGCUGCAGAAGCUUGGCGAACUGGGAUCAGGAGCAUGCCAGUGCUAUCCGUCACGAACCUGUCGACGCUACCGCUACUGAGACGAGCUCACGUCGUGCUCUCGUUCCUUGGUCACGCGUACAUUCACUCAACGUUCCCGUCGGGCAACGUCGUUCCUGCGAGUAUCGCAGUGCCCUGGGUCGAAGUUUCAGAGCGACUCGAUAUGCCACCCAUCUUGACGUAUGCCGACACUGUCCUGUGGAACUGGCGGUUCAAAGACCCUUCGCGUGGCUGGCAGGCCGACAACUUUGAGAUCUCACAGACUUUCACUGGCAGCAAAGACGAAGAGCAUUUUUUCCUGACUUCGUUGCUCUGCGAGCUACGCGGCGUGCCUGCCCUGAGGCUCAUGUCACAUUGUCUCGACGAAGCCUGGCUUGGCGAUGCGGUGGCAAAGACGAGGAUCACGCGCAACCUCGAUGAUCUGGUCACUAUCGUCGAAUCAAUUAGUCAAACAAUCAUCGACGUACGCACUGAUUGUGCACCACAUGCUUUCUAUUUCGAGAUUCGGCCAUGGUUCGUUGGCGGUCUAUGGACGUACGAGGGCGUUCAGUCUCACCUCGGAUUGAGAGAAGUGCGCGAGUAUGGCGGACCGAGCGCGGGCCAGAGCUCCCUCAUCCACUCUCUUGAUGUUUUCCUGGGCGUCGACCACUCCGCCCGACCCGAGCCCGUCAUUCAACGCCUCAAUGCUGCCAGCAGACCACCGCCAGCCGAUAAAGAGUCGACCUUCAUGCACCGCAUGGCAUUCUAUAUGCCGCAGCACCACCGUCAAUUCCUAUCGCACUUGCAAAGCCACCCCAGAUCAGUGCGAGAGCUUGCUUUGGCAGACAUGAUCGAUCCGGCCUCUGCCGAUCUGCGCAAAUCUUACGACCGAGUUGUGCAAUCGCUCAAAGGUCUACGAAGCGCACACAUGAAUAUUGUGACGCUCUAUAUCAUCACGCAGAGCAGAGCGCUUCCGCCACCUGGCUCGAAGUUGCUACCACCGCCCGUUGUGGCAAAAGCAGAGCAAGAGCUCAAAGGCACAGGCGGAACGGAACUCGUCCGCUUUCUGAAGAUGUGUCGGGACCGUACCGUCGAGGCGCUUCUGAUAAAGCAGUGAUGUCGUCUAUGCACCUUGUCACCUCGCUUCUUUUGCACGAUUGAGCCACCACUGAGUGUCAAAUC